UUUUGCGAAGAAAAUACUCCCAGCCGUGGAAGGACAUCAUGUCCGUUGCCGCACUCAGGCGCGAUCGGUCAUUUGGUUGCAUCCGUCAGUGAUUCACUGAUGAAGGGUGCGGAAAGGGAGGUGCGGGUUCAGAGGGAGGAGAGGCUUGAAGCGGAAGAGGACGGUGAGAGAGAUAGACGACGGGACCGACGAGAGCGCAGGACGGUUUUUGAGGCGCCUCUAAAAUCGUCUCAGAGCGAGGGGAGGCUCGAGGAGGAAGAGGAGGGUGAGAGAGGCAGACGACAGCAUCGAGGCGAACGCAGGGCAAUUUCUGAGGCGCCUCAAAAGUCGCCUGAGAGGGAAAAGAGGCUUGAGGAGGAAGAGGUCGGUGAGCGAGUUAGACGACGGGACAGACGAGAGCGCAAGGCGAUGCGACUGAAAAGCAGCAGUGAGAGUGCUGGAAGCGGGAGUGACAGCGGAACCGACAGCAGCAGGAGCGGUGACUUGUGGGGGAGAAGGAAGGGUAGGAAUGGGGGGAGUAGGGGUAGGGAGGUUGAGCGGAAAAUACGGCGCGGGAGAAGCAGAAGUAGGAGCAAUAGUAGCGCCAGCGACUCGGAUGGUGCAGAUCAACGGAGAAGCUUAAACGGCGACAAGAGGAGCGAGUCGUUGAGUGGGAGAAGCUUAAACCGCGAGAACCGGAAGCGAGAGGCUAAGAGGAGAAGAAGACGAAGGAGUAGCUCGUCUGGUGGGAGCAGCGGAAGCAGUGGCAGAAGUAGCGGCAGUGAGACCGAGAGGGAGAAUCAGGAGGUUGACAGAGGCAAAAAGAGUAGGAAACGUGCAAGGGACAAGGCAAGCGUCAGUAGGAGAUCCAAGAAACCGAGAGGGAAGAAGAAGAAGCGGAGGAGAGAGGAAGGGACUGAUGAUGCCACGUCAUCAGAUGAUGGGAGCAGCGAAGGAAGGCGGAUUAGUAGCAGUGACACGAGCAGUGGUGACAAUAGUGAUAGUGACAAUAGCGCGAGCAGUGACAGUGGAAACAGUAGUGACAGUAGUGACAGCGAAGGGAAAAAGCAGUCAAGGAAGGGGAAAAAGAAAGGCAGGGGGAAGAGAGGGGAGAAAGGGAGGAAGGAGGAGCAGAGGAAGAAGAGGAAAGACAGAAAGAAAGACAGGCAGAAAAGGAGGAAGAAGCGUGAGGGGAGGAGAAGGGAUCCGGGGAAUGAGGGGAGCCAAGGAGGCGUCGGAGGAGGAGGAGGAGGAGGAGGAGGGGACAGCAUGGCGAAUGGGCAGCAUGGCCCGAGCAGCAGUGGAGGGAUGCUGCCUGGCAACGCGAUGGUGACUAAUGGAGCCGGGGCAGACGACGAUGAUGGGCGCAACGACCUGAAAAAGUCCUUCAGCCACCUGCAUGCCAAGAUGGUGGAGCAGGUGGAGCAGAAGGAGGUUCUCCGGCAACGAGCUCAGCAUGCGAAGGAGCAAUUGCGCACAGGAGAGUGGAGGAAGGCACAGGACGAGCAGAUGAACAUGCAGCGCUUCUUUGGCUCCGUUGACUGGAGGGAGCAGAAGAAGCUUCGCAUGGAGAAGAAAAAACUGGAGCGCACAGUGCACGCGGGCAACAAGCUGGCGAAGCUGGAGGCGAAGGAAGCUGCGAGGAUGGACGCCUUCAGAGCUGCUCUGGGUCUGCCAUCAUCGGAGGCACAGCGGCAGGCGGAGUGGCGGGCAGCAGCGACGCAAGCCAUGGCUGCUGCUGACGCUGACGCGGCAGCUGCAGCUGCUUUUGCUGCUGCUCAGGCUGGGGGCAUCAAUAAGUUCAGGAGCAGGGAGCAGAGGUAGCGUCCAACCAAGACAUGGCUGCUGCUGACGCCGGUGCGGCAGCUGCAGCAGCAGCAGCAGCGGCUGCUGCUUCUCAGGCUGGUGGAGGCAUAAGAAGGGUUAACAGCCGCGAGCGGAGAUAGCAGUGAUGCUAGUGCUGCUGCUGCUCAGCCUACUGCCAUGGCUGCUGGGGUUAGUGUUGUGGAGUCAACAAGGUGAGUAGGGCCAGAGCAGGGAGCAGAGGUAGCAGUCAACAGCUGAAAGCAGAGAUGGCAGCCACUCUAGCCAUAGUUGCUGCUGGCUAUUGUGCUGCUGCUCAGACCAGCGAGGUCAACAGGGUCAGCAGCAGAGAGCAGAUGUAGCAGUCAACAGGGUCAACAGCUGAAAGAAGAGGUGGGGUCCUCAUUGUGUCUGCGGCAGCAGAAGCAGCAGCAUAAUGCAGUGCAGUCACAAAUUGGUGGUGUGAAAUGUAUGACAUGAAAGAGAAAUGGCUUGUUUGUUUGCACAAAUUUUGUCUUGCUCAAAAUUCCCGAGUCCUUGAGAUGCUAACGUGGUAGAUGGGAAACUGUGUAGCUGCUUGUGCAA